AUGCCCGUCUUGACCUCGUUGCGGCAGAGCCCAACCUACCUCUACCUCAAGGCCUAUUGUCUCUGUGCGCUUGUCACUCUCUUUCAAGCAACUCCGGUCUCUUCCCGCAUUCCGCAACUGGGCCAAACACUCCAGCUAAACAAGUAUCGCAUUAUCAGAACACGGCUUGGUCCGAGGAUUGUACCUAGAGAAGAGGCGGAAUCGACUCCGAGGACAAGCAUAGCGAGACCAUCACUGUCCAGUCAGCCUUCGGAUCCUUCGAGCAGUGAUGAGGUGGUCAUAUCCAAAGACCUGCUCGGUCCAGCAGCGCAGGGCUCGGUCGUCAGGAAGAUUUUGACGCGCUGGUCGCAGAGAGCAAAAGACUUGGCCCAAGUCAAGCAGUUCCUCCGCGCCGACAUCGCAGAUCGAAAAGCAUAUCCAGAACUCGACUGGGACGCAACAGUGCGGCGGUCCUCGACAUUGCAUCCAGAAGAGGUCAAAUUCUUGCACAAGAGACAAGAAAGGCUUUCCUCAAAGGGCCAAGAUGGACUGAAGCGAUUCCUCCAACUCCCGACGCACGAGCAUGUCGAUCCCAGAGACGUGCCUUUGGUGGCCUUGGGGGGCUCAGGUGGAGGCUACCGCGCCAUGUAUGGAUUCGCUGGGUUCAUCGCAGCAGCCAAACGUUCAGGCCUGUGGGACUGCAUCUCCUGGGCUGGCGGGGUCAGUGGAAGCUGUUGGACAUUAGCAGCAUACUACACUAUCGCAUACCAGGAUGCCGAUCGCUUAGUACGCCACUACCUCGCAGUCGCCAGCGAGCUUGCCCAUCCCAUGAGUGUGCAUGCUCUCGACACCGUGGCCAGGAGCAGUCGGGGCGUGUAUUUUCUGCUUGGUCCUCUGAUCCGGAAAGCACAAGCCGGCAUUGUGGGACUAGGAAUCAUGGACUUGUACGCCACCCUAACAACGACGUAUCAGUUCCUGUCCAGAGAGCCAAGAGCUAGACUCAGCAGAGCGAGCUUUCAAUUCUCCAAGGUCUGGUCUCGGUCUGGCAUCAGCACAGCUGCUGAGCCAUUACCUAUCUUCACGGCAGUGCGUGUCGCACCCCCAGAUGCGCCAGGAGUUCGACCACGUACAGACUCAUCGCUCAGCAAGGGGCAGCCUCCGACGCGUGCUCUCUCACAGCACCAGUCAGCAGCCUCCAAAGCCCUCGCUGACGGUCAGAGUGCAACAACAAGGAUCCAAGCCGAUGACAUUCCAGUCUCUCUCCCUUCUACACAACUCGCAGCGAUAGACAACACGACAGAUGCUUUUGCGUUGCCAGUUGCCAAAGGCUAUUUUCAAUGGUUCGAAGCGACGCCCCUUGAAGUUGGGUGUGCCGACGUGCAAGGAUACAUCCCAACCUGGGCGUGGGGUCGACCAUUCGUUUCAGGACGUUCGCUGGAUCGAAGACCUGAAGAAUCUCUCUCGCUACUACUGGGUCAGUGCACAAGCGCACCAGCGGGUCCCUUGACUGCUUACAUCUCAGCGCUGCUCGCAUCCCUGCCAACAGGAACAGCCCUGUCUCGGAUGCUACACUUCCUCAACAACUUUGUCCGGAUGAAGCGAUGGGAGCGUCGUUGGGGAAAUCCAAUUCGUGCUGGUGAUGAGCCAAAUCCUUUCUACGGUCUCAAUGUCUCGCCAGUGCCAAAGCUUACAGACGCCGACGCAAGCCGGCCUCAGAUACUUGGCAUCGGCAUCGACAUUCUGCAUCUCCCACGGUUGCGGCAGCUUGCGUUGAGACGAAACACAAGCCGAGAAUCUGAUGCCCACGACUUAAACACCCGAACGGUCGCAGAUCGUGCAAGGACAGGUCUUGACAAACUGGCUCGACGCAUCCUCUGUGAAGCAGAAAAGGAGGAGUACAACCAGAUUGCUCAAUGGCAACUUGAAGACGCACAGAAGCUCUCAAAGCUCGAACGGUAUCUUGCAGUCAGAUGGAGUGCCAAGGAAGCAGCGUACAAGGCACUGUAUCCCAAGCAUGUGCUCUCUUGGAAGGACCUCAGCGUUCAGAAGCCAGACACCAACGUCGAUAAUGCUGUCCCCAUCGUCAGCGUUGGUCUCGCUCAGCUCGAGUCGCAGGGCUUCCGUACAAAGAAGCCUGAAAUCAGUCUCUCUGAUGAAUGGCGAUCGAAGCAUUCUGGCAUGUCGUCCAUUCCGAAGCUGCACCUGAGCUUGUCUCACGACGGAGAGUAUGUCGUCGCCAAUGUACUUGCAGAGGAGCCGCCCGCUUCAUCCAGCUUUAGAGACAGUGGUGGAAAGCCUAGUCGAAGUUGGGACAACCUUCAGCUCAAGCUUCCCACCGCAGCUCCAAAACAGUUAGAGGAUGGCACUGCUUUGAUCCUCGGCAGGUCAUCAGCAUCAUCCUCGUCCGAAGCAAUCACAAGUCCUGCAGCAGUGCCCGAUACCCCUUUAGCAGCAUCCUGGGAAUCCCAAGGCCGCAUCCGCCUCAUGGACUCUGGCAUGUCCAACAACCUCCCCAACCACAUCCUAGCACGCAAAGAACGCUCCGCAAACAUCAUCAUUGCCUUCGACGCCUCUUCAGACGUCCAAGCAGGCUCAGCAAUGCGUCGAAUUCACAACUUUGCAGAUGACUGCUCAAUCACCCUCACUGAUUGCACGCAUCUUUUCUCUCCAUCUGCACCCCUUCGCUACCUCUCUGACGAGAAGGGCAGGGAGCUGGAAGCAAGGUUCAUCAACCAAUAUGCAAGGGUUCUUCGAGGUACGAGAGAAGAAGAUGGCUCAACGUUCUGGCUCGUCUAUUGCCCCCUUUUGCCGAAUGCGACAAACCCAGAUUACGAUCCGAGCACAUCAGCCUUCAGUAACUCUUAUAAUCUAGUCUGGACCCCAGCGCAGGUCAAGACCCUUCUAACAACUUCACAGGCGAAUCUCGAAUCGUACGCUUUACAGAUGGUCAAACAGGUCAUGCGCAAGGUGUACUACGAUAAGAAGGCUGCUCGUCUUGCCGCCUCGUUCAAAUCUUCGCAAUCAUAG